GCUCCACCGGGCGACCAAUUUAACUGGAAACCGUUUGGAGAAAUCGCGGCAGAGGCCAAAAGGGAUUCAAAGAACCCAAGGCACCCUUCCUGUGCUGUGCACCAAAGCCAAACGGGACUGGGGACGACCCAGCGGCUGGGAGCUGGGAGAAGAGACGUGCUUUAGAGGAGCUCCAAGCAGCACUCACCUGGGCGCCCAGCACCCAUCUGUACUCGCACACACAGCCACACCUACACAGAAACCAUACAUCCCCCCUUACACAGUCACACCUACACACCUACACGCACACACACACAUUAUCUUUGAGUCUUUAUAUCCUUGAGCCGGGCAUCCAGAUUGGCGGGCACACGAGAACGCAAGCCGGGGAGGAGAUGAAGAAGCAUCCCUUUUUGCUGCUGCUGCCACUGCUGCUGCUGCCAUCCCCUGUAUUCUCGGCAAGGAAGCUAAGAAGACAAACUGAAGGCUGGGGCCGUUGGGGAGAGUGGAGCCCAUGCAGCAGGACCUGUGGUGGUGGGGUCAGUUUCCAGGAGCGACAUUGCUACUCCCAGAGGAAAGAUGGAGGCUCCAGCUGUAUCGGACCCACCCGGAAUUAUCGCUCAUGCAACACCCAGAGCUGUCCUCAGGACACCCGGGAUUUCCGAGCAGAGCAGUGUGCAGAAUUUGAUGGCAAGGAAUUCCAAGGAAAGAGAUACAAGUGGUUUCCAUAUUAUGGAGCUGCCAACAAGUGUGAGCUGAACUGCAUUCCCAGGGGGGAAAACUUCUACUACAGACACAAGGAGACAGUGGUGGAUGGAACCCCAUGUGAGCCGGGCAAACUGGAUGUCUGUGUGCAGGGCACUUGUCAGGCUGUUGGCUGUGACCACAUGCUCUAUUCAUCGAAGAGAGAAGACAAGUGCCUGCAGUGUGGAGGUGACGGCCGGACCUGCUAUCCAGUCAAAGGCACUUUUGAUGCCAAUGACCUCGCCAAAGGUUACAACCAGAUUUUGGUAAUUCCUGCGGGAGCUACCAGCAUCCAUAUUGCAGAAGCCACAGCCAGCAGGAAUUUCCUGGCAGUGAAGAAUGUGCGGGGGGAAUACUACCUGAACGGCCACUGGACAAUUGAGUUUGGCCGGGCCUUGCCGGUGGCCAACACUAUUCUUCAGUACGAGCGAGGGUCUGAGGGUGACCUGGCACCUGAACACCUGAACGCUCGAGGCCCGACCUCUGAGCCCCUGGUCAUCGAGCUUAUCAGCCAAGAGCCCAACCCAGGGGUGCAGUAUGAAUACUACCUGCCCCAGCAGCCCCUGGACACUGGCUUCAGCUGGAAUCAUGGCUCCUGGAGUGACUGCAGUGCAGAGUGUGGAGGAGGUUAUCAGACACGCCUGGUAUUCUGCACCACCGACAAUGAGGUUUACCCUGAUCAUAUGUGCCGGCAUAAGCCCCAGCCAUCUGACAAUCGCACUUGCAACCUUCAGGCCUGCCCACAAACCAAGCGGAUCUCAUACCUCCACCGGCCGGGAGUGUGGAGCCAUGGCCAAGCCGGAGGCAUGUGUGGGAAAAGCUGGAAGGCUGGGCCGUGGAGUGCUUGCUCAGCUCCAUGUGGAGGAGGUUCCCAGUCCCGCCACGUCUACUGCGUUGUAUCCGAUGGGGCAGGCACAGAGGAGGCGACUGAUGAAGCUUCAUGUGAAGCCUUGCCAGGGAGGCCCCCAAACACACGGUCCUGCAACCUGCACAGGUGUGCAGCAUGGAGCUCAGGGCCUUGGGGAGAGUGCUCUGCCAGCUGUGGCCCAGGGGUUCAGCGGACUGUCAUCUGUUGGGGUGAUGAAGGUGCUCCCCUCCAAGAUUUUGCCUGCUCCUCGGCGGACAAGCCUUCCCUGACUGAGGCCUGUAUGGGAGAGAACUGCCCUCUUCAGGAGCCUGGCUGGCAUAUUGGUGACUGGGGGCUGUGCUCUAAGAGCUGUGAUUCAGGCAUCCGAAAACGGCAAGUCAUUUGUGCCGACAGGGAAUCCAAUGUCUAUAGCUCCGACCUGUGCCAGGUUCGCCAGCCUCAGAUGCCAAAUGAAGUGGAGGCUUGUAACACACAGCCCUGCCAUCUGCCUCAAGAGGUCCCCAGCAUGCAGGAUGUCCAAGGCUAUGAUACCAGUCGCCAGAACCUGUUGGCCUACUUGGACCCUCUGGAAACCCCUUCCCAAGGUACCAGAGAAGAAUGGCGAAUACACAGGAACCAGCCCUCAUCUGAACAUAACCCUGAGGGAGAUAGAGGCUCUAACCUAUUGCCUCAACACUGGGAAUCUGGCUGGAGUGUCUCCAGAUCUCAGCAGCACCACCACCAGGAUGACCAUGUUGUGAGAUCACAGUCUCAUGACUGCAGCCGCAGUCUCCACGGGUGCUGCCCAGAUGGCCAUACGGUGGCUCUUGGCCCCUUAGGGCAUGGCUGUCCCAGGAUCUCAUGUCAGCAGAGCAGGUAUGGGUGCUGUCCCGAUGGGGUCUCAUCAGCACGGGGCCCGAACUUCACUGGCUGCCCACUGUCCUCUGGGAGCAGACAUGGGCCCAGAGCAGCCUCCUCUACGGCCAGGCAAGCUGAGCCUCAGCCAAACCCAUCCGUGGAAUGCCGAGGAUCCCAGUACGGCUGCUGCUACGACAAUGUGGCUUCCAGCGCAGGCCCCCAGGGAGAAGGCUGCAGAGGCAGGCCCAACUACCCCUACCCAGUCAGGUGCCUGCUGCCCAGCGCCCAUGGCUCCUGCGGGGACUGGACCCCUCGCUGGUACUUCAUUCCCACUGUGGGCAAAUGCAACCGUUUCUGGUAUGGUGGCUGCCACGGCAACAGGAACAACUUCCUCUCUGAGGAGGAGUGCAUGAAAAGCUGCCAAGAGGGAGCUGAGGACAGUGCCCCAGGACCCCUGACUCAUGGAACAGAGCAGGGAUGGGCAUCUUCCUUCCAGAGGGAGACAGACACUUCUUCAGGGCCCAGCCAGCCCAGGCAAGGGCCUUCUGGCUAUAACCAACGAGGAAGCACUGGGGACCACCAGGAGGCCUCUUACCAUGGCCACUCAUCCAGAAAUGAUGGCCAAACUAGGACUAGGGUGACUUGGGGUCUGGACCACACAGAGACAUCCCAGGGAAGACCUUCCCUUUCAUCUGGUUCUUCAAGACUAGAGCAAGGGAGACAGUACCCAAGGCAAGAAGAGACUCAACUGCCCAGGACCUUUGAGCAAGAACCCUUGAAGAAUCAACAUAUAGGACACCAGGACCGGGAGGUCAGGCCAAGUGCAUAUGUGCCAGGAGAAGAUAUUAGGCAAACAGCUCCACACUUACAGGUUCCUUCUCACAGGAUUGUCUUGGACAAGACAGAAUAUUCUGGGGUUCAGGUCACCCUGGGGCAGAUGGUUCGAUUCUUCUGUGUGGCAGGUGCCAGUCCUGAUGUGAAAUGGCAGAAAAAUGGGAAGCCAGUCAGAUCAUCAGAUAGGCACUAUCUGCAGCCAGAUGGCUCUUUGGUCAUCAAUUCAGUGAGUGAAGAGGAUGCUGGCACCUACACCUGUAGUAGUUCUACUUGGGGCCAGGACAGCAGUCGCCAUGUUCAACUCUGGAUCACAGGGGAUGACAGGGCAGCGCCUGCAGAGGCUGAGAGGAAUCUCCCUCAGAUCCAGGACCACAGACGCCUGGAUUUUGGCAUGGAAGGAGGUGGGCAGGGUCACAGGCCAAGCUCCCACAGGCACCAUCAGCCAGGGUCCAGGUUGAGCUUUGACAGGAGUCAGCCAGGAGUGGUGGAUGCCACUGUGGGUCAGCGAGUCCAACUGCCCUGUCGAACAUUUGGGUACCCUCCCCCAAUUGUUGAGUGGCAAAAGGAUGGACACCCUCCCUCCUCUCCCAGACACCAACAGCAGCCAGAUGGCUCCCUGGUCAUCAGUCGUGCUACCAUGGAGGAUGGUGGCCUCUACACCUGCAUUGCUUUCAAUGGACGAGAAAGAGACCAGCGCUGGGUCCAGCUCAGAAUUCUGGGAGAGCUGAAGAUCAUAGGACUACAACCCACCGUUACAGUGCCUGAAGGAGAAGACACCCAGCUCCACUGUGUGGUGAUAGGAGAAAAUGUGAACGUGAGAUGGUCCAGGAAUGGGGUGCCCAUGCGAAGUGAUGGCCACCACAUCCACCUGUCCCAGGAUGGAACCUUGGUGAUUAACAACACACGAACCCGCGAUGAAGGGUCCUAUACCUGCAGUGCCUACAGCGAGACUCAAGCUGUCAGCCGCAGUACAGAGGUGAAGGUGAUCCGUCCUAGGCCUUCAGAAGCUGCAGAGCAGCCCAGGGACCCUGGCAGGGACUGCAUCGACCAGCCAGAGCUCGCCAAUUGUGACUUGAUCCUGCAAGCCCAGCUUUGUGGCAACGAAUACUACUCUAGCUUCUGUUGUGCCAGCUGUUCCCGCUACCAGCCCAAUGCCCGUCCUGUUUGGCAACAGGGAUAAAAGCUGUCUCCUGCCCCAACUCCCAAACGCUGGCUGCAGAGAGGGAAGACAUGCCAACCAGAGUGGAGUGGACAGAAGGUAAACACAACUGUUUGCUCUAUAGCAGACUGUCCUUUUCAAAAACCCAUCAAUUGUAAAAAGCUACUGUAGCAGCAGCAGUUGGGACAAGCUCCUGCCCUAAUAACCUGUGCCUUCGUUUGCUCUUCAGACACAGUCAUAAGUCAUUUUGUAAUGAGACUGCUUAGAUGAAAAUGGAAGCCUGCUAUUUCGACCACGGAAAGCUCUAGGGGACAGGCCUAGUACAUGGUAUUUUUUUUAUUUUUUUGGAAGAAAGUUUCUGCUAUUCUCAAAUGACUUGCAUUACUAAUGUUGGCUGAAUGGGCAUUGGGGCAUGGUCCAUCUGAGUGAACACACGUCUCAUACAAGGAUCCAUGACUGCUGCAUCUGAACCAUUAGCUAGCCUGAGUCUGACCUUUCUUUGCGGCCAAGUCUGAUACUGAUCUGAAUUGUUUCCAUAGCUCUAAUGCCUAGAUAGCUUCUGGUAUCGUACAAAUUCAUCUCAAAACCUUCUCUGGAGAGAUAGGGGUUGAAUCCGUUUCUCUCAUCUGGAACAUGGUCCUUGUAGCCUUGAUCCCGAGGGGAGAUUCAUUCUGUACUUGCCUUUUCUGUUCACGGUCAUCUCACAGAGAUCCAAGUUAAACUGCUCCAAUAAACCCAAAGCUGUCCCAUACCCUAACUGUGUUCUGAACACUGAACAACCACAAUUAACAGUAAGAGCACCAGGUGUGCUAACAGAAGGAUGAACACAACCACCCCAGCUUAUCCAUAUGGCUAAUUCCCAGUAGGAUUGGCAGAACACCUGGAAUCUUGUUUCCAAAUGGAAACACAAGCCCUGGACAUGGUGUGGCUUUGAAAAAGAUGGCUCUCAUCUGGGACAGUGUCCUUCUCCAUUAUCACAGCUGGGCACUGGUUAGAAAUGGAACCAAUUGUAUCAUAGUUGACUGUUUCUCAUUCUAACUUCCUUCUGUCACUCCAGGGAGAAUACAUAGUGUGUGGGGAAGAUUUUCUUACUUUAAAAAUUUUAACUAUU